AUGGCUGAAAUCUCAAGUAAAAUUGAAUUGCAACUCCAAGGACGAGAUGAAAUUGUAGAGAUUGAUUGUGAGAAUGUCGAAGACGCUAGUGAAAUUUGUGGGUUUUUAGCAAACGAGCCCGUGGCCUAUAAACAAUACUUGCCCUUUGCUCUAUACUUCAACAUAAAAAAAAAUAAACCUGAUGAUGCAAUUACAUUACUAGAACAAGGCUUAAGAUCUGGAAGUGGAACUCCACAGAGCCGACUUCCGCUAGUGAAUCUUCUCGCGAGUUUAUAUAUUAAGAAAGCAAAGGAACUACAUAGCUCGAUGCGUGAUGAAAAACAAAGAUAUUUGGAAUUGGCUACUUCUAAAUACAAUGAAGCUUCACAUAUAAAUUCACGAGAGCCAGUGACUUGGGUUGGGAAAGGACUACUUUAUUUAGCGAGAAACGACGCAGAUCUGGCAUAUCGUGCAUUCGCAAAUGCGCUUGAUGUUGCCCCAAACAAUAUACCUGCGUUGUUUGGAAAAGCUCGUGUGCAAUAUCAUCGAAGAAAUUUCGAGAGUGCCCUCGAGACAUACCAAACUAUUCUCCGCUUGAAUCCUAAAUGUAAACCAGACCCUCGAAUCGGAAUCGGUCUUUGUUUCAAUAAAUUGAAUCUAGCUGAUCAUGCUUAUAGAGCAUUCCUGAGAGCUUUAGAAGUAGAUCCUAAUAACGUAGCAGCCAAUAUACUUGUAGCACAGAUAGAAUUGAAUAGGAUGAAGGACGCUAAUUUUACAAAGGAAGAGAAAGACUCUCUGCUUGCUCAAGCUACAAGACGCAUAGUUCAUGCUCAUCAUCUUGACCCAAAGCACCCGACUGCUUUAAACCUGUUAGCCAAUUGUUUGUUCUACACACAACGGGUUGAUCAAGUAGAUCAAGACGCUGAAGAAUAUACAACGUUGCUUGAUGUAACACGGCGAGCAGAGAUUUAUAGUGAUACCAAACCAAUACUUUCCGAGUCUCAUUAUCAGCAGGGUCGUGUACAUCAUCUUAUGCAAAAUUGGGACGAGGCUUUAUACCAUUAUAGUGAAGCCACACGAACCUAUGAAGAACACCAUCCUGCGCAAUUCGGCUUGAGUCAAGUAUACAUAAGAAAAGGACAAAUCAAGCUGGCAAAACCGAAAUUAUACAGCUUAUUAAAUAAAUAUCCCGGAAAUGUGGACAUUCUUACGGUUCUUGCUAUGGUACAAGCACACUUGUUCAAUACUGCCGAUAAUCCACAUGAAAAGGAAGAGGCGAGAAAAGAAUUUGACAAAUUGACAAAAAUGAUCAAGGAUGACAAGUUUGACGAUCCACAAAUUUUCACUAUUAAAGGACAAUUAUUAGAAGAAGAAAAUUGGCACAAAGGGUUAUCAGCGUAUAAACGCGCCGUGGAAUUGUAUAUUGAUAAGGGCGAGAUAGUGCCUCCGCAAUUGUUAAACAACAUAGGAGUCAAUUACUUCCGCCAACCCGAUAUCGAGAAUCAUUAUGAGUCUGCGUUGGAUUAUUUUCGGCGGGCUCUAGAGAACGCAAACCUAACAAAAGAAUUAGGCGCAGCUUUAACUAUCAAAUAUAACAUUGCUCGGACUAACGAAUAUCUUGGAAGGACAGAAGAGGCCCUUCAAGAAUAUUAUAGUUUAGCUACAGAUCAUCCUGCGCAUGUUGAUGCUCAUCUUCGUAUUGCCGCCAUAUACGAGGACAACAGAGAGUGGGAAAAAGCAGAAGACAUAUAUAACGCUAUCUUAAAAUUCGACGAAUCAAAUGUAACGGUCAGAGCAGCUUUUGGACGUCAUUUCUAUAAACAAGGAAACCUACGAGAAAUGCGCUCACAAUUCGAAAGAGUCCUCUCAAAAUUUGAUCGACAUCAUAUAUUCUCAUUGCUUUCCUUGGGUAGUUAUUGGUUAGGCACAGCUCGCGAGAUUAAAGAUAAUAAAGACGAAAAGAAACGCCGAUACAAGAAAGCUCACGAGUUCUUUACGAAAGCUUUGCAGCUUGAAGAGAGAAGCAUUUGGGCAGCUAAUGGGAUAGCAGUGUUUGCUGCUGAAUCUGGAUGGUUGCAACAGGCUAAAGAAGCAUUUUAUCAUAUACGACAAGAAGCUUAUAAAGGAGUGCCCGACAUUACCAUCAAUUUGGCACAUGUGUUGGUGGAACUAGGAGAAUACGAUGCGGCCAUCAAAGAGUAUGAAAGCGUGAGAAAACUGACUCGGGGGGAAGAUGUUCAAUUAUUGCUUUGGCUCGCAAGAGCUUAUUAUAUCGCGGGAAAAGUUACAAAAAGUAUCAAACACAUGCAAGACGCUUUAGCAUGCUGUCAAAGGGCAUAUCUAGCUAAACCGAACGGCGAUAGUUUAAUAACAUAUAAUAUCGGAAUAUGUCAACAGUCGCUAGCUCAGCUAAUAAGCGAACAAGAAACCGGUGAAAGGUCUUCCGUCAUGUUAGAAUAUCAGUCAAACGAUGUAGAAUGCAGUCGAAGGUUAUUUGAAAGAUGUAUCAAAUUAUCUGAAGAAGUAAAGAAUAAACCCGGAAACCGAGAAAAAAUCUAUUAUAAUGUCGAGACAGCCCAUCAACGUGUGAAGUUUGCUGAUUCGCCGACAAAGAAGAAAAAGAAAGAUUAA